AUCAGUUUGGUUUUCAGUAGGCCGCGGCUUAGGAUCGAAAAUUCUUUAUACAUUUCUUAACUUUGUGGUGCCAUUCCUUUCAACGAAAAUGUCAUCGUUUCCCGGAUCGUUCUUUUUCUCUGAUACACAGUUUCUUCGGCACAGAUCCUUCGUGCCUAGUCAUUACAAUGUACCGCUAUUCAUUUAUUCAAAAUUCGGUCGUCCGAAGAAUUACAAUCAGCGCAAUAAAUCAUUUCUCAAGAAGCAGUUGCAGCGUUACAAAAAAAUCUACAACCGAAGCGCGCUAAUUCAUAAAGCGAAAUAUUCGGAAUGCAUUGCAGAAACAAAACAUUUAACGAAUAUCCACCGAAAGAGAAUGCUUUCAAAUAAAGGGAAAGAGUUCCAUAUACCGGCAGCUAAUCGAUAUGAGAUUAAAGGGAUAAAUUUGGCAGAUAUUGCUGUUAAGCAAAGUGGAAAGAAGGGACCAUAUUCCUGCUUUACUGGUGAAAGAGACAAGACAUCAUACUUUGGACAUAUGGUCGAAUGGGUUGGAUAUACACCAAUUUCAAAAGGUUUUUACUAUGACUUGCCAAGUGAAAUGAAUCGACUGAAUCAACCAAAGAAUGAAUUUGUAAUGAAAUUUAGAAAAGGAUCACGAGACAAACAAAGAACUUACAUGAGAUCCAUGCUGAAUGAUUUGACCCUGUGUCCGAAGGAUCCAAAAUUUCCUGGUCCAGAGAAAUACUAUCCCCAGAAUUUUCUUAUACGUGAGAAGGCCUCGAAUCCAACAAACCAUCCGAAAUCGUACAUAUUUCACCCUGGACAAUACAUACCAGAGAGUGAUCGAUUUUAUUACAAUGUGUCACGGUUGCCAGGACCUGGACGUUACAAUCCAUACACAAUUGCCUGUCCCUGUAAACGCGGCACAGAGUAUUUGGAAAAUAGUCUUAGGCGAUCUGAGAUUGAGAAAUGGAAAUAUUCGCCUCUGUAUGCGAAAGCACAGAACUUGAAGCAUUGUACCUGUGAGGCACCGAACAUAAGAAACAUACCCGGCAAAGGUUUUACAUCCGUAUUUAAAUCGGCCACAAAACGUCUAUUAUCAACGGCGAAAAUUGACCAUAAAAACUUAAAGAAAAAAGAGUCCAGAACCGAAGAUAAAUUUCCCAUGAUUUUCGAUGCGCAGUACGUUCAUUUAGUAUCACAACCGAGACGCGAAGCACUAUCGAUCCGGAAACAUUUAAAACCGAAAGACGAAGCGGACGUUGCAUUCAAUACAACUGCGACGAUACGGCCUCGACAAAAGAUUCGAGUGAACAAAGCUGUUGCAUUCAUGAGCUCAUGUCCGCGUUUCGAGGGCGAUGGAGGCAAGGCUACAUUUUUAGCGAAUAGAAACACGGCACAAAAAUCAACAUCGACUACUACUCUGACGAAGGUCAAUGUUGUUCGUGCAAGGGCAGGUAAAGGACGUCUGACCGAACUUCCUCUACGAUAUCAAUGUAUUCAUUCGGAAGGAAACGCCAACGAUAAGCUGGGAAAUUUGUUUCCACAUUUGCCUAAACCGAAAAUAUUGCUGAAGCAAAUUGAUUUCAAGACGAUAUGUGAUCUUAGGAAAUAGAACACUGAAAGAAGUGGAGGUUAUAUUUCAUUUCUAAGUUGUUUAGUAUCUGCCAUUUUAUCAACUCAGAUUGAACUUCGGGUGCCUUUGUUGU